CUGGCCUAGUCGCAGAAAACGCAUAGUACUCGGACGCCUGAUCGAAGACAAGUACGGCCUCAUAAGCCCAGAUCCAUGCGCUAGGUGCAUAGCAAACAGCACAACGUGCAUCGUUCGUCAUCCACGGUGCGAUAGGCAACAUCUGCUAGUGCGGAAGAACCAUUAUCGCAGCCAACGUACCCGGUGUUCCGCGUGCGUGGAGAUCAAUAACCGAUGUGGCAUCAGAGUCGAUGUAUCCAGACCAUACAUGUCUGGAGUGCAGACACGGCCGCCAAAGAGGAAAACGCGUAAAGAAAGGGACGAGCCCCAGAGGGAGGAGCAGCCCACGAAGCAAAGGAAGCCAAGCCAUUGUCAGAACUCUUCUAUCGGUUCAAGUGCGUCUUCUAAGCCUAGUCAAUUGUCCAUCGAUUGUGGAGCGCCGAUUGUUAUCUCGAGUGCUGAAGAUACUUCAUCCAGUGACUCAGACGGCGAAGAGGAGUUGGGGGAGAGAGGAACAGCAGGAACAGCACCAGGAACAGCACCAGAAACAGCACCAGGAACAGCACUAGGAACAGCACCAGGAACAGCACCAGGAACAGCACCAGGAACAGCACCAGGAACAGCAGCAGCAGGAGCAGCGGCAGGACCAAGAGGACAUGUACGAGGGGAUCAGCCUUGAGACCCUUCGGAAGGAGUAUGGGCAAAAACUCGAGCAGGACAUCUUCUAUCGAGAAGCUACGGUUAAUCCUACAUUGAAUAUGUGCAAGCAAGAGGAGCAUAUCAUUAAGAGAGAAUGGGUAAAGUGGCUGAAACCUCAACAUGGGUCCUUAGACGCCG